AGCAUUAAGGAGUAGACGGAGAGAUAAAAAGAAGGAAAAUUGGAGAAGGAUAAAAACUGUUUACCAAAAGCUAACGGAUCAUCUAUGAUGUAAUUAGUCAUUUGGAAUAUAUUUCCAAGUGAAUACUUCACAUCCGGAUAUGCAUAACUGAAACUGCUUAAGAAGUCAUCAGUUCCGUUGUAGAAUCCAUGCGCUAAAUUAUUUGCAUCAAUGGAACAGUUAGUCAGUUACCAUCAACCAUGAAACCCCGUGCACAUGGGCAGCACCAAAUUGGUGGAACGCCCAAAAUGCCAAAUUUUCUGGCUUCAAGUUCAUACAGGUUCUGUAAUUUCAAUACAGUAAUUAACAAAGUCUGCAGGAACUCCUGUGGAGACACUGUUUGGUUGUUCAGAUAGUCAAACAAGUGGUUGCUUCCAACGCUGAUGAGAAAGAAAGCCUUGGAACUGGUAGCUUGUUCACUACCAGUCAUGUUGGUGAUGACUCCGCGGACAUAUGAAAACUGCUGGAUUGCUCUGCCAUGGAUAUGACCUUAUGCUGAAGAUUCAAGGAAAAUAAUUCCAGCUCCUCCUGAAUGACAAGGUAGUAAUAUGGUACAUCUUUUAAUGUUGACGCCAUAGAGGAUGUUCUGCUUGAAAGCAGAGGGAUGGAUGACAAGAUUGUACCUAUUUGGUGAGCAGUAUUAAAAGCCAUUGCUGAAUCUCCCUGUUGGGAUAGAGUUACGAAGGUCGAUGCCAUUGAAAAGGAAAUCUGCCAUGGCUAGGCAUCCCUCUACGUAAUCGUUGGUCCCAACAUCAACAGUAGAGUCUCCGAAUAUAUAUGUAGCCGGCUUUUCAGCCUGAGCAAGAAGCAUAGUCAUGGCCACAAGUGACCAAAGAAAAAUAUGAAGGUAUGAAGCAGCACUUCGCCGAGUCAUUUCCCUCCUAUGCAGUCUAAUGUUCAGAUUAGUAACUGGCUCGUAUAUAUGCCCAACACAAACUCUGCUGCGGUAUAUAUACCAUAUAAAACAGCAAUAAUGGACAAGAAAGUAGCAAUAAAGUAUUGUCAUUGUG